AUGUCGUUUCUUACCCCUCCAAACUCGGUAGCAGGCCUCAGUAAAGGCUCUGCAACCCAAAGCUUUGUACUGGAUACGCCUGUGUCGCAGCUUUUACCCCCUGACGGCCCGGAAAUGUCUUUGAAGAAGAAAAAUAACAUCUGCAAGUCGUUUGAAGACGACCUAUUUUUCUGUCCGAGAGGCCUAUUGUCAACACAGGAACAAUCAACUCGGCAGCAAAUGGACUUGAUUCUACUGGACCAGAUGCGUGAAUCGGGAGUUUCCCGGCCACAUGGGUCGCAGUACCUCGAAAACAUGCAGCCACAGCCUAAGAAAUUCAACCCUUAUACCUCGCAAAGUUUUAGUCCUGCUCCUCCACCCUUCGAGCCCCAUGCAACUCUGCAAGACACCAAUGGCUUUUGA